AUGGAGGUAACCCUGCACUCCUAUUUCUCUCUCCAGGUAAUUUAUGCCAGGAGGAAGUAUUCAGUGUCUCCACCUGCCACCACUGGACCACCAGAAUUUGAGAGGGUCUUCAGAGCUCAAGCAAACUGCUCAGAGUACUUCCCCAUCUUCAUCACCGUGCUGUGGCUAUCUGGAGUAUUCUUCAGCCAAGGUCUGUCUUCAGUCUGCGGUUUGCUUUAUUUAUAUGGACGGUUCAAUUACUUUAGAGGAUAUUCUGAGUCUGCACAGGGACGUCUGGCUCCACUUUACUUCUGCGCUCAGAUUCUCUGGAUUCUCAUCGGGUUCUCGGCUGUUGGCAUUUUCCUCACAAUCUGCCGAGUUUACCUGAACAUGGACCUGCUGCAGGAACUUUGCUCCAUCUUCGGGCUGUUUUGACCGAGGAGGAUAAGAAGUGACAAAAGGGAGGAGAGGUUGUCUUCUACUCUGAUCUUCAUCUCUGUAUUUCUCAUACAGUUCGUUAAAUAUUCUGUUAUCAACCUGAAAGUAGGGAAUAAAGAGAGAUGAUGUAUCUGCA